GAGCGCGCGGCGUGCGCUAGAGGUAUACGUUAUAUCAAUUUUUUCGCGAUUUCGAUUAAAUUUUGUGCUAUUUAUUGACUGUUUAUGUGAUUAAAAUACAUCUGUUUACGAUUUAAUUAGAGAAGCGUUGCAGAAAGUACACAAAGAUGGCAGCGUUCGUCGCGAAGCAGAUGGUCGGCAACAAGCUCAGCGCCGUUAAAGGUGCGGUGGGUGGUGAUGGUGAUGACAGCGAUGAUAAGGAGAAGGAAGAAGAAGCGGAACGUGAGCGGCAGGAGGCCAUCCGUGAAGCUGAGGAGCGCCGUAAGGAGAAGCACCGCAAGAUGGAGGAGGAGCGCGAGAAGAUGAGGCAGGAGAUCAGGGAUAAGUACAAAAUCCCCAAGAAGGAGGAGAUGGUGGAGCAGCAGCAGGCGGAGCCCGACAACCCGCUCAUGAGGAAGAAGAAGACCCCCGAGGAGCUCGCCGCUGAAGCCGAGCUCGAGGACCAGGAUGAGUUCACCAAACUGAAAAACACCAUCGAAACGCAAGUGAACGAAUUGAAAUCUCAGAUCGAGAGCAAGUGCGUGAUGCAGUGAAGGGGAGUUGUUACGCCGUCUUUGUUAUAUUAUACCCGAAUACAUGAUGUAGCUGCUCGAUUGUUAUGUCACAUCCGCCACAUUCCACCCCCGAACUACCCCCAGACAGGAAACAAUCCCUUCGAAACACCGUAUCAUUCGCGCUCAUACAUUUUUGUAGGAGAGAUUGAAUUCUAAAUUAUUUCGAAACGUAGUCAGCUAGUGGCGCGUUGGUGCUUGAUGAUGAGCAAUAAUAUUUUUAUACAUUCAUAGAAAAUUUUUGAAGAGCGACCCUCAAUGCAACAGGAAAGUGUGUCGGCAAAGCUCGCCCCGCCCUUGCCGGGCAAGCCGCGACGCAAAUAUCCACUUUUAUAUGUUGAUGCUUGUGAUAUAUUGUUAUUUAAGUGUAAAGAGGAAAUAAAUUUAAUUACAACUAGAAUGGUGUAAUGUUAAUGGAAGAAUGGAAGAGGAAAUAACAUAUUUUAAGUCGGUAGCGCGCGUGUAGUCUGACUGUACCGAGACCAUCCUUCUCUCGUCUGUCUCUCGCCUUCGGAAUCAACUUACAUUGAAAUAACAAUGUAUUCGCUCGUAAACAUUUGUUUUCAUCCAAAUUCCACUCAGCUUGGUGUCUCUCGAUGUGCACGCGCGUACGACGCGUGGCUUACGCUCUUCGCUCUCUUUCUCUCCACCUGUCCUUUUCUGUCUCUCCUUCUGCGAUUUCAAACUCUCCGACUUUUGCCUCUAAAUCUUUUGCAUGCGUGCUUCUGCAGUGUUAGUCGGUAUCGUGUUUGUGAAUUUGUUUAGGUGUAAAUACCCGUAAUGGACCUAGCCUUAAUAUCCACAUCGAAAAUAUUAAUAAAAUAGG